AUGCAUUUACAUCUUCAUCUUCGUGAGACCAUCUGUGAUUUUGGACCAGUAUAUGACUAUUGGCUCUUUGGGUUUGAGCAAUAUAACAGUUUGUUAAAGAACAUAAGCACAAACAGAAAAGAUUCUUUUGAGGCUACGUAUAUGCAGAGUUUUGUUCAAGAUACUUUCAAGGUCGUGUAUCACAUUCCUGGUCUUGAAAGUUAUCAAUUUCCGUCCUUCUCCUCUUUUGUUGACAAUCAGAUCACAAAGUUGAGAUCAAUCAAUUUGCUUGGCCAGGUGUACAAAGGCUGUAAUGAUGCUUCUAGUCGCGGCUCGUUUGUGCAAUCUCUGUUUCUUGGAAGUCAAGGCAAUAAUCGAUUGGCAUACACCAGCCAAAUUCAGUACCUUUUCUUUCACUCUUUCACUCCACCAUUCCAGAUUGAGCAUGACUGUUCAAGAGAGUUGGAAAGUGUUGACAUCUGCAGUGCAGAUUUUAUUGCGUGUGAUUUUGAAUGCAUCUUGACAGUACAUCAAAUAUCAUCAGUUGUUGCAACAUGUGAUUAUUAA